CUUUAUUUAUUUAUUUAUUUAUUUAUUUAUUUAUUUUUGGGGGGGGGGGGUCUGAAUUUGAGCGAUUCAUAGUACUUGUGAAGUCACAUGUACAAUACAUUUAAAGGCAUUAUAAGCAAUAGAUACUACUGCUUAUAAAAUUCAUACAGAGCUUGUUAGCAGUAUUAUAAAUGCUGAUUGAAUAAUUUAAAAGUGCAACAUAAUAAUUAGAAAUGUAUCCGUAUUAUUUAUUUAUUUAUUUAUUGCUACUAGUGCUACAUUUUGUAUAGUUUGGUGACUCCAAACAUAAUAUUCUUCUGUAUAAAGUACAUAUCAAAAUAAUUAUUGAUAAUAAAUCAAAUUGGAAGGAAUAUGUGAUUUAUUUUGAAAGACAAAUAAAAAAAUAAUUUAAUAAAAGAAAUUGGAAUUGGAGCAACAGCACAGUCAUGUCAGAGAACGUGGUAGAUUCUUCCCCUUUACAUCAAAGUAUAUUGGGGGUAGCAAAAAAAAAUCCAUUAUCCUUGCCUGAAAAUCUAAUUCCAGGGACCCCAAUUGAUGCCUUGACUCAACCUGCAGACAUUUUAGCAGACGGUCAAAUGGAUAAAUCAUCCUUGCCUGUAAUACGGAAAAAGAAAAGUCUUUCCAUUGAGGAGAAAGUGGAUAUUAUUAGUGCUGUGGAAAGCGGGAGGAAGAAAACUGAGGUUGCUGCAGAAUAUGGAAUAAAGAAAAAUUCUCUGUCCUCCAUAAUAAAAAAUAAGGAAAAGAUCUUGGAUGCCUAUGAAUCUUUCCGGUUUGAUCCCAGCCGAAAGCGGCUAAGGACAGCUACUUACACAGAUCUCGAAGAGGCCUUAAUGCGAUGGUACAAGAUUUCACGUUGCCUGAGUGUACCAGUCAACGGACCUAUGUUACGUGUAAAAGCAAACGAUUUUGCACAGAGGUUGGGAUACAAGGACUUCAAGUGCAGCAAUGGCUGGCUGGACCGUUUCAAGUCUAGGUAUGGCCUAGUGUUCCGUUCUCAGUCUGUGGAGGCUCCAUCUGCUCCUGUGGAUAAAUCAACUGUUUGGUACCAAACUGUGCUUCCAUAUUAUUUAAAUGAGUAUCAGCCUAAAAAUGUGUUUAGUGUUGCAGAGACAGGGUUGCUUUAUCAGAUGUUGCCUACCAAUACUUUUGCCUUCAGGGGGGAAACCUGCUCGUUCGGGAAGCAAAGUAGGAAAAUAAUAACUGUGAUGGUUGGUGCCAAUGUGGAUGGCACAGAAAAGCUUCCGUUACUGGUGAUUGGCAAAAACGCUAACCCGUGCUCCUUCAAAAGUGUCAAGUCGCUGCCCGUGGAUUACGAGUCCAAUAGCAAGGCAGGCUUGACCCCAGAGGUGUUUGAAAAAUGGGUCCGCAAAAUCGAUGAAAGGUUUCAGGCUCAGCAACGCCGGGUUGCUCUGUUUGUCUGCCAGAGCCCAGCCCAUCCUGAGCUGAAAAACUUGAAGGCCAUUGAGCUCUUGUAUUUGCCUUCUACUGCCAUGCCAAAUGAGCACCCAAUGAAGCAGGGGAUUAUCAAAAGUCUUAAAGUUAAAUACAGACACCAGCUAAUAAAGAGGUUUGUUGAGUGUGUUGAGAAGAGCAAGGAGUAUACGUUGUCUCUGCUGGACACGGUCGAUAUGCUGCACCUGUGUUGGAGGAACGUUACACGGGAGACUGUGACAUUCAGCUAUAAAAUGGCCAGAUUCAAACUGCAAAACCACACAGCAGGCGUGGAGGAUGUCGGCAUUGAGGAGGAAAACAGGCAUGAUCUCAUUGAGCAGGCCCGUGCUGUGGGGGUGGAGUUUCUUGAGGGUUUGUCUUUGGAUCAGUAUACAGAACUGGAUGAGGACUUGAUGGCAUUAGACUCGCCAAUACUUAGCAUGGACGACCCAGGCGGGAGUCAGGGGACAUCUGAAGAAGCGCUGUCUUUGGGAAACAGUGAAGAUGACGAUGAGGAUGAGUAUCUGGGGUCUGAGAUGAUCACUCCCUCCAAGACUGAAACUUUGGCCGCCUUGGCGAUCGUGAAGAGGUUUCUCAGGGGCCAUGAGGUUAACCAUGGUCUCCACAAUUCCAUGGCUGACAUAGAUAAUUUCAUUCAGAGUGAUCCUUCCAAUUGAACGUAACUUGCUUACCUUACAGAGAAAAUGCUUUAGCAGAUUUGUAAAUCCACACAUCCUAAAACAGAAACCAGGGGAAGAUUAUAAUAAACUGACAUUGUUUUAGUUCAGCCUAAGCAAGUGGAUGCUUGAUUUUGAGGUAAAGUGUUAUUUAUGAUGCCCAUGAAUAUCACUGUGAGAUGUGAGAUUUAUCUCUACAAUCAGUGGAAGGCAUAAUAAGUGGCAUGCAGAUAAAAGCUGUGCAUGAAGUAAUUUUAUUUUUCAAGAAAACAAUGCAUAUUUGUGCUUAAUGUGUGUUUGUUUUUGAUGUUCUGGUAAUGUUAAAAUGUAAUAUAAAGAUGUAGAAAAUAACGUGCCUUAGUACAGUUUUAAUUAACUGCAGUAAUUUACAGUGAAAUAGUGUCCACACUAAUAGAGCUUCCCAAUUGGUCACCUAUAGAAACUGUACUAGUCUGAACCACUUGUUGUAUUGUUAAUACUCACAUA